CAUGCCUCAAUUAUUGAUGGAGUUCGUUUAUGUAAAGCAACUCGUUACAGAUACGAAAAUAAUAAUAUGGAUGAUUUGGAAAAACAAUUAAUUAAAGCAAACAAUUCAGGAGUUCGAUUUAAAUUAAUUGUUACUGAUGGUGUUUUUUCUAUGGAUGGUCUUAUUGCUCCUUUAGACAAAAUUUGUGAUCUUGCUGAUAAAUACGAUGCAAUAGUAAUGGUUGACGAAUGUCAUGCUACAGGAUUUAUAGGUGCAACCGGUAAAGGAACACUAGAAGCCAAAGGAGUUAUGGGACGUGUAGAUAUUAUUACAGGUACAUUAGGAAAAGCAUUAGGAGGAGCUAUGGGAGGAUAUACAACAGCCAAGAAAGAAAUCAUUGAAAUAUUACGUCAAAAAUCUAGACCCUAUUUAUUUUCCAAUUCUCUAGCCCCUUCUAUUGUUGGAGCUUCUAUAAAAGUUUUUGAACUUUUAGAAAAAAAUAAAGAUUUAAAAGAUAAAUUAGAAUGGAAUACAAGAUAUUUCAAAAAAGGUAUGAAAACAGCAGGGUUUGAUAUCAUUGAAGGAGACUCAGCUAUUGUUCCGGUGAUGUUAUACGAUGCCAAAUUGUCUCAAAAUAUGGCAAAUCAAUUACUCGAAGAAGGUAUUUAUGUUAUAGGAUUUUUCUUCCCUGUUGUACCCAAAGAUAAAGCAAGAAUUAGAGUACAACUCUCUGCCGCCCAUACAAAAGAACAUUUAGAUAAAGCUAUUAAUGCGUUUAUAAAAGUAGGUAAGAACCUAGGAAUUAUUUCAAUAUAA